UCUUUAUUUCUUUGAAGUUUUUUUUUUCUUUUUCGUGCAGCGAUACAAACAAUAAUAAUGAGCAAGAAAGGACGUAAUCCUCCCGAUGCUGAUGAAAGAGAUCCUCCUCCUUCAUACACAGAGUCAGAGAAUAUUAGUGCCUAUAAUCCGAACUUUGUAUCAUCGAGCUCGUAUCCUCAAAAUACCCCAUCCCAUCCUCCGUCGUCACCGCAGCAACAAUAUUUACCGCCACCCUCAGCUCCCUUAUCACCUCACGCUCAGCCAUUGUUAUAUCCAGAGAUUCCUCAAUCACCCUCUCCGCAACCAUUCCAACCUCAACCGUAUAAUACACCGAGCCAUCAGUAUCAAUCUAGUCCUAAUGUCCGUUAUUCGUCUGUUCCUCCGCAACCAUAUCCUCCACAAAAUUACCAAACCAUCCCCAUGCCAAGUACCCCGUAUGGCCGUCACGAAGCACGCCCUUUACUUGUUCGCCGUCCCAGUGAAAAUGAACGACGAUUUCCACUAGCUGCUCUUUUCUUUCUAUUUGGCUGGUUUUUACCCAUUUUGUGGAUUUUUGGUGCAUGUUGUUGUGCAGGAAGCCGUAAUCGUUACGAAGCGUGGUGGGGAAAACUUAACUUUAUUAUGGUGAUGAUGCUGAUUGUAUCGACAAUUGUGUAUUCGAUGAUUGCCGUUGCAGUGGACGACUGGAGUUUUGGUAUGCAAUAUUGGACCUCCACCUUCUCCGUUGAAUGAUGGAAGAGACCAUAAAUAAUAAUAAUGAAUAAAAUAUCAGCAGCA